GGGGAGGUGGAGUAACACCUCUACAUGACGCAGUUAAAUACGGAUAUCAUCAGAUGGCGCAGCUUCUUCUGCAGCACGGAGCUGAUCCCACACAGCAGAAUGAUGAAGGGAAGCCUGCUUUGGAAGAAGCUACUGACAGUGAGCUGAAGAAAUUAAUGGAGAGUUAUUUACCUAGACUCAGAGGCAGACGUAAUUCCCAAUCAGCACAAAAGCCUUUACAAGUCUGUGGUAUGCAAGGAUGUGAUGAUGGGAAACGUGUAUUAAAGAGAAAGCAAAAGAUAUGUGGUGUUCUGAAGCAAGAAAGUCAAAGCAAGAAUGUUCAAAAUUACGUUACUACCUCUUCAAGGGCAGGAAGAAAAAUAGGAACGAGUAACCAAGUUAUAAAAAAAUACAAGAAAGAUACAGCACAUUCAGGGGAAACAUCCAGUAGUUUUGAGCCUUGUGGCAUUUCAACUUCAUUAACAUUGCAGCAGAAAGCAACAUCCAUAAUUAAUUCUCCUUAUCCAACUGAUUUCAGUUUUUCAUCUACUGCUGGUAGAUGGACAGAGGUCGCAAAAAGAAAUUCAGUUUCUAGUUCUACUUCCAAGGCCAGGGAGAGGAUUGAAGAAGAGGAUAUUGAACAUAAAGCAAAAAUAGGAGUGCAGGAAUACAUUGAUCAGUGCAGCGUUUCAUUGAAUGAUCAUCAGCCUGCUAAUAAUGAGCAGGUUGGAUUGAUUGAUCCGUGGUCUAAAGAGCAAUGCAACAGAGUUAGAGAUGAUAAGCAGUUUGGAUUAGCGUUCGUUAAACCUAAAAACUGCUGGAACACCAGCCUUCCACCAAUCUCAACCUGGAAAAACAGGUCAAAUUCACUAGUCACUUUACCAAGAAUGGAGACUGAAAAAAUGGGAGGAAAAGAAGAUAGGACCACAAGACAUUUACAAGGUCCAGCUCAAACAAUGCCAGAUGAAAAUAAUAAAAAUGAACUCUUAGAUCCAUAUUGUAGCUCCAGUGAUAGCACCAGUGACUGCAAAAGUGACAUCACUGUGGAUUUUACUAAAUGGAGCCUUGCAGAUUUCGAGGCAGAUGAAUGGGAAUUAAGGGCUACUCAAGACUUUGUGACACAGAACACCAGCAGUGAGGAUGAGGAUGAUGAGUGUGUUGCUGCUUUUUGUGGAGGGUCAUUUACGAGUGAAAAUCUCCUUAGUUUAAAUAGCUUUGUACCUUUGGAAACACAGUCAGUGAAGAGCAGUCUGUUCGGGACCACAGCUAUGGAUAAAGUGUUGGAUACCACAGACACCGAAAAAAACCCAGCAGAUAAUGAAGCUCCAAGUACAUCAUGUGCCCAAGCAGCUGUAGACACUGACAAACCUACAGCUUCAUUGCCUUGUCCCAGCAAAAGGAAUUGCAGUGGACAAACUCAGCUACAAGUGGCAGCCAUGAAAGGGGACCUCUCUCUAGUUAAAGAACAUCUGAGAGUCUGGAAAUGUUUUAAUAAAAGAAGAGUUAACCUUUCAGAUUAUGCAGGUUGA